ACAGUCCCUUAUAAAUCCCCCGCCACUACAUUUCAGUAGAGUGUACAAUGUGCUGCCGGAGAGCCUGCAGGCAGUGUAAAGAGAAACAGCCAGAGAAGGAGGUAGAGAAGGGGAAAGUGCUUGAGCUGAGUACGAACAGGAUUCAAGAGGCCAACGCUGCAGCCUGGUUUCAGGAUCCACCAGACCACACCAUCAGGAUGGGUGGUACAACGGGCCACCUAGCUUGCCAAACCCAGCCACAGACCAACUCAGGGCAGGAGGGUCAGUCCCUGGAGGCUGGUGGUGCCAAAGUCCCUGAGGUGCUCUCCUCUCUGGAGCGUCUGUCGCAGGCCACCGGAGGCAUGGAGAAGUCCUGGUACCGCUGCAUCUUUCCAUUUGGAAUCAUCUCUUUGGUGAUCGGUGUAGCGGGAACGGGGGUUACUUACACCUAUAAUGACUUGCCUCAGACUAAAGUGGUGUCAGUGGUGCUGCUUGUCAUGGGUUUUUUGCUGUUGCUGAUGGCCACUGCCUGUUGGACUGUCCACAAGAAAAAGAGAAGGAAAAAGAAAGAGGGAGGCUCGUUCACUUCUGAGCAGUGUCCCUUGUGAAGGACAUGGGGAAAGCAGUGGUAGGGACUCGAAAUCAAGCUCAAGGUUUGGCUAAAGAAGCCGCCACUUCACCUCCUCUCAGAGCCAAAUCCCCUCUAUUCUUUAUCACAGAGUUUGGCUCAGCUCAUGCCAUAGAGAACUUGGGCUGAAGAUUCAUAUAGAGUGGAAAGACAGAUAGACGGGACGCUGAGGAUCUGUUUAGUCUGGAAAGUUUGGACCAUUUUGUAUUGGCAAGGAGGGAUCACCGAAGCUCUUUUAUCGUCAGACAGCAGGUGUCCAAUGUCAAAACAACCUCAGAGGAGACACAAAUAUGCACUGCACACCGCAUGCAUAUUUACAUGCACAUGAUACAUAGCCCUCGAAAUCCUCACUCACAUAUACAUUAGCAGUCACAGUGGGAGCUCGCGCAGACACCUAAAACGCUAUGCGGAGUUGCUGCUGGAGUCAGUGCUGCCGUCACUAGGCACGUCAGUCACAGCAUUCUUCCUGCCAGGACAGGUGACACUCCAAGAGGCCAGAAGUGGGCCAAAGACGGCAACCUGAUACCCAGCCGAAAGAGCAGCGCUCCCGCGUCAGCGGCAAGCGUCAUUCGCUCGUCCUGUGACACCGCAGCAAUGUGUUGGGGGCUUUUUUUACGCAGUGGGAGAGUGGAACUUGAGUCCAGCAGGAUCUUACUGGCAUCUAUGUGGACAAUGAACUGGAGAGGGCAGAGAACCUGCUGGGGAAGUGGACGGUGUUUGUGUGUGCUCAAAUAAAGAUUCCGGUGAACUGAAAGACUGUUGGACUUGUUGUCCAUGCCAAGAAAGAGAAACUUUUCGGAAAACAAAAUACUCUGAAAUGCCUUUUGUAGCUUCAGCAUCAAAUUACAAAGAAGUGGGGCACUGACUUUCUGACUGACUGAUUGCCCUCCUGUCAAUAUGCGAGCAUUUAAGGCCAGCCUAGUGUCUUCGUGGGGCACCUCAACUCCACACAGGGCAGGCCAGGAUUAUUGAAGGACACUGCCUGAGGGGACAUGCCACUGCAGGGACACUUUGACUGAUCCCGCUCCCCUACGGCCCCUCCCGCUUGGUGCCUUGAGCAAGCACUCAUGGAAAAAGGCUCUGUCACAUUCCCCCGUUUCCAUCUGAACUCCUGAGAAUGUUCCCCCUUGUUCUCUCUCUCUUUCUCUCUCUCUAUCCCUAUACAAACAGGAUCCUCCUCAUCCAUCCCAUAUGCCCUACUCCUUCCUACAGCCCAGUUUCUGACUUGAUCCCACUCAUUUCCCCAGUGUGAUAUAACCCAGGAGGAAGUCCGUACAGCCUUUUGACAAGUUAAGACUAACACAUCAGAUGUAAGCCCCAUAGUCCACAGACGUUUGUCUUUAUUUCUCUGUUUGCUGAAGAGAGUUGAUUAUUUUCUCUAUAGUGGAAAGAAUAUUGACUGAGAGUGAGUGGCAAAUCCAUUUGUCAGUCUGAAAAUAGGGUACAAGGUUGUUCUCUAAUGAAUGCUGAUUAACGUUUAUGCUGCAAGUGACUGGGGUUUCCCCUGCCUACACCUUUUCCUUCAGAGAGAAUGAGAGAACGUAGCUGUGCUCAGCUCCACAUCUGUGAAUAGGUGCUUUCUGUUGGUGUGUGGUCUCACAGGAUGAGGCACACAAAUGGCAUUUUAUUCUUGUCUUAAUUAUUCUCGUUUCUCUAACUGAAUGUAACAUGAAAUUGUUUAGACUGCUUGUCUCUACGUGAAGGACUGUGUACUACCACUCCUUUACCCUUGAAACCCACAUUGAUCACUGUUGCAUCGAUUCUGGCUACCAGAUUAGUGACGCUUGUUGCUGAGUAAAAUGUGUCUAUGCAUCCAGUGGUAGCAGUUAAAAUACAAUGCCAAAGACUGUCCUGAACGCAGCUUGCUAAUACAAGGCUGCAUCUGCCUACCUGCUUCAAUCAGUCGUUUCUCGCACAUUUUUUGCAGCUUUUGCAGUUGUUUCGCACACUAAUACUGAUUGUCAGCCAAAUUCUGUUAAAACAAGGGGAAGAAGGGGGAAAUAAGAAGAAAAUGGUGGAAAACAAAACAGAAUCUGGGAAGUAAUUUCUUUCACUUUUAUGUGGGAGUUGGGAGCUAUUCCUGAUCAGCCAUCCUGAACAGGGCAGUAUUAUUCUUAGGGGAUAUACUUGCAGCAGCAGUCAAAAUGCUGAGUUAACUUAGGUGGAGUAAGCGUUCUCUGAACUUUUAUCUACUGACAAAAAAAAAAAUGUGACUAACAUAGACUAAAAUAAGACUGUAUCACACACCACAUCAACCCUUAAUUUCUUUUAAAGUAAACGUCACUGUAAGUGCUCAUAAAGAGUAUUUAUGAUAUUUUAUUUUUAGCUCACUCUUCAGGCUAUCCUCUGAACAGUGAGACAAGAGAGAAGCCCCAGUAUUACAAUACAUUAGAUUAUGACAAUGACAACGUACACGCGCUUCUACUCUGACCUGAAUUUUGGCUUGUGUAUCAAUGCAAUUUGCACAUGUAUAGUACACCUUUACUAUGUAGUACUUUGUGGUUGCAUAGUUGUACUCAUUUUCAAGUUAUAUUGUGCCAGUGUUUUGACUCUACAAAUUGAUGGCAGGUGACCAGAAUAUGUUUGCUAGAGAUGUGAAGUGAUUUCCCUUCUGCCUUGUGAAAAAUUUAAGGGAAAAUCUACCUCUCUGCUGCGGGGGAAAUGCAGUAUAUCCCUCACCCAGCAGGCAGCCAUGCUGUCUGCCUAUGCUGUCUGUCACUCCAGUGAGUGACAAAUAAAUGUUUAUUUGUGUGCCCUAUAAUAUUUGGUGCUGUAUAUAUGACUAUUUUAUAUUUCCACUGUAUUUUUACUUAUAUGUAUAUUUUAAUUGUUGUAUUAAAUAAAUGUUAUGUGAACACCUUGGUCUUUCACGCUGUAGUUUUGAAGCUUGAGGAGAAACUGCGCACACAUUUAUUAAAUACAACUUUGUGUUAACCUAC